UGAUUCAGGAAAUUGUUUUUCUUGUAAAUAUUUAUUCUUUUAUAGUGAUUAAUCGCUAUAUACUUUUCAAUGAUCAAGCAGUGAUACAAGUUGAGAUUUUAUUAAUUUUUGAUUGUUUAUUCAAGUCGUUCUUUUUUAUUAUUAAGCUGGAAUUAAGGACAAUCAUUUUAAUUUGUUGGAUUUUCUCUGAUUCACACAGGAUCAAAAUGAUACUACAUGCGUUAAUUAGUGGCUUCCAUUUAAAAUUAAAUCUAAACAGCAACAGAACAUUUAGACGGUUUCUGAAUUUAAAACCACGACCUGAGCCGUUUUUGAAUAAAAACCUCUGCGUGUUUCUGCUGAAGAAUCAACGACUCCAGCAUUUGAGCUGCGCUGAAUUUACUGGGGAAAACGGUGCAAGUGUUCAUUUAAUCAGGAGGAGGAGGAGAAAGGUGAGCGAGGAUGAAGAGCAGAGGGGAGAAGAUAGAGGACAGCAGCACCCUCAUUGCCAUGGAAACGACCUCUGAGAUCAACUACGGCAGUACCACCAAGAAAGCAGCGACUCAGGACAGGAACGUGUUCAGAGACGGAAAGACUCGAAUUGAUUUUGUCCUGGUGUGGGAGGAGCUUCGGGGUGCUAAUGAAAACGACACAGGUAAUAGCGCCACCCAGAAGAAGUGGAGGGAACAGUUUCUGAGCAGACUGAGACAAGUAGGCCUGCUGCAGGAGCAGAGGGUGGUCUCCCAGGUCAGGAGGAAGAUCCACUUUGUCCUCCUCAGCGCCCCCUGGAAUGUCCUCUGUUACUACGCUGAGGAGAUCAGUCUCAGAGCGCCCCUCCAGGUGGUCACCAUUCCAAUCACUAACUGGUCCGAAAGAUUCCUGUCCAAGCUGUCCCUCUCCAGUCCACUGUCCCAGAACGUCCCCAACCAACCACCUGACUACUACACCUGUCAGUUCAGGACCAACAAGCUGGAGAGGUUCCUGGGAAGUGACAACAAAGAGACGUUCUUUAAGACCACCCAGAGACACAAAGUGCUGUAUGAGAUCCUGGCCAGAACUCCGUACGGUUCUGUGAACCGGGGCGAGGUGGGCAUCGACCGGCUGAUCAGUGAGGAAGUCUUCACGGCAGCGUACCCACUGCACGAGGGGGACUACAGGAUGCCGGACGACCCAGUGCCCCUAAAGUCUUUAGGACUGAGGCAGAUCCUGCAUGAGUUCUGGUCCAAGUGGUCCUGCUGGAGACGCUACCAACCUCUGGACCACAUAAGGGAGUAUUUUGGGGAAAAGAUAGCUCUCUACUUUGCAUGGAUCGGUUUCUACACUGCCUGGCUGCUGCCUGCUUCUCUGAUUGGAACUCUGAUCUUCCUGUUGGGUUUUGUGCUUGUGUCCUCCGAUGUCCCAGCGAAGGAGCUGUGCGAGAGCAAAGACACUUUCAUCAUGUGUCCUCUCUGCGACAUCUGCUCCACCUGGAACUAUUCCAGCAUCUGCUUCACCUAUAAGGCGGGUCUCCUGUUUGACAACUGGGGGACAGUGUUUCUCAGCUUCUUCAUGUCUUUGUGGGCCGUCACCUUCCUGGAGUACUGGAAGAGAACUUGUUCAACUCUUUCCCACCGCUGGGACUGCACCGACUUGGAGGACAUUGAGGAGCGUCCGCGUCCAGAGUUCUCGGCCAUGGCGCCGAUGACCACGAGGAACCCGAUCACUGGGGCCGAGGAACCUUACUUUCCUGAGAAUAAACGCUUCCGCAGAACUGUGACUGGAUGCAUGGUCAUCAUUGUCAUGGUUGCAGUGGUCCUGAUGUUCCUCAUUGCCAUUAUUUUGUAUCGUACCAUCAUCAGUGUCGUCAUCUACAAGACAGUUAGAACUAACAGUUUCUUCGGCAUAUCUGCUGUGAUGAUAGCCAGCCUCUCAGGGUCAGUGUUGAACCUGCUUGUUAUCCUCAUGCUGUCCAAGGUUUACACCAUGCUGGCCGACAUCCUCACACGCUGGGAGAUGCAUCGCACUCAAACCAAAUAUGAAGACAUGUUCAUCCUCAAAGUUUUCAUAUUCCAGUUUGUGAACUUCUACUCAACUCCAGUCUACAUUGCCUUCUUCAAAGGCAGGUUUGUUGGUUACCCUGGAAUGUACAACACUCUGUUUGGAAUUCGCAAUGAAGAUUGUGGAGUCGGCGGGUGUCUUAUUGACCUGGCUCAGGAGCUGCUGAUCAUCAUGGUGGGAAAACAGAUCAUCAACAACAUCGAGGAGUUCAUCUCCCCGAAGGUUAAGGUGUGGUGGCAGAGAAACAAAAUGCAUCCUCUCCUGACGAACAAGGCUCAGACGAUGAUGAACGUUUCUCCUUGGGAGGCAGAUCACGACCUGCUGGUCUGUGAGGGACUCUUCGGUGAAUAUCUGGAGAUGGUGCUUCAGUUUGGUUUCAUCACCAUCUUUGUGGCGGCGUGUCCUCUCGCUCCUCUCUUCGCUCUCAUGAACAACUGGGUGGAAAUCCGUUUGGAUGCUCAGAAGUUUGUGACUCAAUACCGCCGCCCGGUGGUGGAGCGAGCUCAGAACAUCGGCAUCUGGUUUCCCAUCCUGCAGUUCAUCACACACAUAGCCGUCAUCAGCAACGCUUUUCUCAUUGCCUUCACCUCGUCCUUUGUGCCUCGGCUGUACUACCGUUACACCAGAAACAGCACCCUGAGCGGCUUCGUUAACUUCACCCUGUCAACAGCCCCAGAGAGCUACAUCCAGCAGCAACACAACAUCUCCUGCAGGUAUCGAGGUAUCAGGGAUGAGAAAGGUGACUACCUGCCGGAGUUCUAUGAACUCCUUGUUAUACGACUUAGCUGUGUCAUCAUCUUUGAGCAUGUGGUCUUUUUCAUCCACCGACUAAUCGACUUGAUAGUUCCUGACAUCCCUGAAGACGUGGAGCUUAAGAUGAAGAGGGAGCACUACAUGGCUAAACAGGCGCUGGCUGAGAAUAAGGCUUUAGGGAAAACCUCUAUUGCAAACGAUAAGGACGUUGUGUCAGGCGACAUGCAUCAUCGUGGAUCCAGAGGCCUAAUACAAUGGAAUGACAGUCGAUCACCAAAUCUGAAGAAGGUCCCAAAAAAACGGAAAUCCAUCAUGCAGCUGCAGACCUGAAGCCCGACUGCAUCAGAACUGAAGGCAACGAGACCGGUUCAUGUGGAGGUUUGACAACCUGCAGAAUGGGGUUUUCUUCAUGGAUCUUCUGGAUGUUUACUGGAUUAAAUAAAAUAAUCCAGUGUUUACUUGUCAUAGAACAGUGUGCCAGUGGAAAAGUUGUAUCUUCCUGCCCUUAUCGUCUGAAACCGGAAUCAAAGACCUGUGAGAUUUCUGAGUAACUCUCCUCAGAACCUUGACCGACCCAGAGCUGGAAGCUUCUCAGGAACGUCCUCAAACAGAGAGGCUUGAAGAAGAAUCACUGAAAAUGAAAAUGAUCCAAGGCUCUGCUGUUAGAGAGAACUAAUGCCUGUUCCUUAACUAGCUUUCGUUGAGUAAUUAAGCAAAUGUUUGUGAUAUUUUAUAAUAUUUUGGAAAUAAUUUUGGAGAUGUUUCUGUUAUUGCAUUAAACUUCUGAUACUGACA